AUGGGCGCGGGCAACAAGCGGGGACACCCUCUCCUGAGGGGAGGAGGCGUGAAGAGGGAGCGGUACACCCACGGGUUCUCGGCGUCCCAGAUGGCCGCGCUCACCGCCAUCUGCGGCGCUCUGGUGCCGUCCCUGCCGCCGGACCGCCGGAACGGUCACCAGCAGCAGGAGGACGGCGGCCGCGGCGGGGGAGACGGCGGCAACAAGGUCGUGGAGGUGGCCGAGCGGAUGUCGCGCAAGUGUCCCCCCGAGGCGCUGGCGCUGGUGCGCACGGUGCUGUGGCUGCUGGGCACGCGGCUCGGCUCGCUGGCGCUGUGCGGGGCCCGGUGCCUGUCGUGGCGGUUCCCGUUCGUGCGCCGGUUCGACGAGCUGCCCCUGGAGCAGCGGGAGGCCUUGCUCCGGCGGUGGAGCCGGCAGACCCUGCUCCCGCCGCUGCGCAUGUUCUUCCUCAUCACCAAGGCCUUCUGCCUCCACGUCUUCUACUCCUGGACCGAUGAAAACUCAAAGAAUCCGCACUGGCGCGCGAUCGGGUACAGCCCGCCCCUGGCAGACGACCAGCCGGCGCCGGCGGAAUCAGAGCGUCCCGAGAAGCGUCCCCUCGACGACGGCGUCGUAGAGACGACCAAGGAGACCGACGCAUCCCUGCCGGCGUUGCUAGCGGCGAAGGGCCUCACGGUGGCCGAUGACUCGGCGCAGAACGUGUGCCGGGUCGAGUGCGACGUUGUCAUCGUCGGUUCCGGCUGCGGCGGGGGAGUGGCGGCAGCGGUGCUCGCGGGGGCGGGGCACAAGGUGGUCGUCAUGGAGAAAGGAAACUACUUCACGGCGCGGGAUUACACGGCCAUCGAGGCGCCGUCGAUAGAGCAGCUCUACGAGGGCGGAGGGUCCAUCAGCACGCUCAACGGCAGCGCGGUACUCCUGGCAGGCUCGACGGUCGGCGGCGGCACGGCGGUGAACUGGUCAGCUUGCAUCAAGACCCCCGACGACGUUCGCGAGGAGUGGGCGCGCGACCAGGGCUCCUGUUGUUCGCCACCGACGAGUACGCCGCCGCCAUGGACAAGGAGGGCUCCAGAACAAGGUCCUCCGCAAAGGGUGCGAGAAGCUCGGGUACAAGGUGGAGUCGGUGUCGAGGAACUCGUCGGAGGGGCACUACUGCGGCAGCUGCGGUUACGGCUGCCACACCGGCGACAAGCGCGGCACGGACCGUACGUGGCUGGUCGACGCGGUGAGCUGCGGCGCGGUGAUCCUGACGGGGUGCAAGGCCGAGAAGCUGGUGCUGGAGCCUACGGUCGCUGGUCGUGCGGACGGCAGGGCGAAGCGAUGCGUCGGCGUGGUGGCGAGGAGCACCAACCCGGCGAUCACGAGGACGCUGGAGGUGCGCGCCAGGGCGACCGUCUCGGCGUGCGGGUCGCUCCUGACGCCGGUGCUGCUGCGCGGAGCGGGCUCAGCAACCGGCACAUCGGCAACAACCUCCACCUGCACCCGACGUCCCUGGUGUGGGGCUACUUCCCGGACACCAUGCCGGACCUCAAGGGCAAGAUGUACGAGGGCGGCAUCAUCACGUCCCUGCAUAAGGAGCGGAUGCUCAGGUACAGCCGCACGGUGCACCUCUUCUCCCUGGUGAGGGACCGCGGUUGCGGCAUCGUGCACGGCGAGCGGCGGGUGGAGUACCACCUGGACGCCACGGACGGGCAGAACAUGCGCGAGGGCCUGCGCCGCGCGCUGCGCAUCCUGGCGGCGGCGGGCGCCGCGGAGAUCGGCACCCACCGCAGCGACGGGCAGCGGUUCGCGUGCAGGGGCGCCACGGAGGCGGCGCUGGAGGAGUUCCUGGACGGCGUGGACGUGGUGCGCGGGCCCCAGUCGAAGGCCGAGGCGUGGAGCCUGUGCUGCACGGCGCACCAGAUGGGCAGCUGCCGGAUGGGCGCCACGGCCCGGGACGGCGCCGUGGACGCGCGCGGCGAGAGCUGGGAGGCCGAGAGCCUGUACGUGUGCGACGGCAGCGCCCUGCCCAGCGCCGUGGGCGUCAACCCCAUGGUCACCAUCCAGUCCGUCGCCUACUGCCUCGCCACGGGCAUCGCCGAGUCGCUCAGGCGCGGCACGGUUCCUGAAAAAGAUCUAGUGAUACCGCCCUCGUGUCACGCACGAUCUCCGUAUUAUGCUCGUGGAAUUGCUGCAGAAUAG